UUCUUUUACCAUUAUCUUUUGUUGCUGCACGCAGACCGUAAUGGCGUUGUUGAAGUACUGGCCGAAGACCCACAGUCCAAAAGAGGUGAUGUUCCUGAACGAGUUGGAGGAGAUCCUGGACGUCAUCGAGCCGUCGGAGUUUGUCAAAGUCAUGGAGCCGCUCUUCAGACAGCUGGCCAAGUGUGUGUCCAGCCCACACUUCCAGGUGGCAGAGCGAGCUCUGUACUACUGGAACAAUGAGUACAUCAUGAGCCUGAUCAGCGACAACGCUGCCAAGAUCCUUCCUAUCAUGUUCCCCUCGCUCUACCGCAACUCCAAGACCCACUGGAACAAGACGAUCCACGGGUUGAUCUACAAUGCUCUUAAACUCUUCAUGGAAAUGAACCAGAAGCUGUUUGAUGACUGCACCCAACAGUUCAGGGCCGAGAAAAGCAAAGAGAAAGCCAAAUGGAAAGAGAGGGACGAAGCGUGGCUGAAGAUCGAGAAUCUUGCAAAGUCAAACCCACAGUUUUUGCCAUACGUUGACUCGAUAGGCUGCGAUGGUCCGAUGGACAUGGAGACGGACGGGCCGCUGCUAGACGAUGUCAACCUGCUCAAGAAAAAAGUAGAGCAGGAGGCAAUACAGGUACGGAAUAGACUGUAG